GUGAAAUGCAAACAUCUGGUGCAUGGGGUUUAAGUCAUUACCCCUCUUUUUUUCUUUAUUCGGAGCUGUAGGGGAAGAGGUUGUCAGCUGCUUGACAGCUCCUGAUCGAGAUGCCUGGGAGCCGGUUCUGUCAGACUCCAGGAUCCUGAAGGAAGCGCUGGACGGGUGUCUUGCAAGGAGAAAGUGUUAAUGUUUUCCCAGUGUCUCCUCUGCCUAAGAAAUCGUCAUGUAAAGCACUUCGUUGGCAGUUGCCCAGAUGUAUGAAGGCUGCAAGGCUUACCGUUGAAACUGAACCGUUUCUCAGCAAGGGAAACAGAGCCACAUGUUUGCAACGUAAAUUGGAGACUCGGAAGAAGAAUGCUUCUGUACCGAAUUCCCAGAAGGUACAGUUUUCCUGUGGACAGCUUUGGAUGUAAAUCCAGAAAGAUUAAUGCCUGGAUUUGAGAGACACUUAGUGUACACAGAAAAAUUGGCUUUCUCUCAGUUUUCCCAGAUGUAUUGUCUCCUCUGUAUACCGGGAACACACACAACUAUGUAAACUGCAGAUGUAAUCGUGGAGUUGUAUAACCUUUUGAGUUAUAUGAGAAGUGUUACGGAGCCUGGGUACCAGGCAUUGUUUCACAAUACAACCAGUUGAACUGUCAUAUGUUGCAUGGUCAUCACAAACAUUCAUUUGCAUGGAAUGACACCCAUCACUCUGCAUAGAAGCUAACCUGCAAGAAAGGUUAGCUGAACAUCUUGAUCUAUGACCAGUUCCACACAACAGAUGUAUAUAAGAUGAAUCGUUACAUCUGUCACCGAAGAUGCUGAAGGUGUAUUGCUGUUUUUGACGGGUACCAGGAAGACUGUCUAGAAAAUGGCUCAAACCAGUUUGCUGCAGGGAAAGCAGUUUUACUGUAGGGAGUGGGUUUUCCACAAGCUUCAGCACUGCCUCCAGGAGAAAGCUAACUGCAGCAACAGUGCUGCCAACAAACUAUCUCUUGUGGCAAAUUCUGGGAAUAAUGUUGGCGUUGGCUCUGGGAAAGGAGUUGCCUGGGGUGUGCUGUUGGUAGGAGGGCCUGGUAGUGGAAAGACAGCCCUCUGCACUGAGUUAUUGUGGCCAAGCUCACCUGCAAGCUUACAGAGAGGCUUACAUCGCCAGGCUCUAGCCUUCCACUUCUGCAGGGCCCAAGACUCUGACACAUUGUGUGUUGGUGGGUUUAUUAGAGGCUUAGUUAAACAGAUCUGCCGGAGUGGACUCAUUCAGGGAUAUGAGGACAAACUAAGAGAUCCUGCAAUUCAAAGUCUCUUGCAGCCUGGGGAAUGUGAGAGGAACCCUGCUGAAGCAUUUAAAAGGUGCAUUCUGCUCCCUCUUUUGGGGUUAAAGCCUCCCCAGCAGAGCCUCUUUCUGCUUGUAGAUUCAGUGGAUGAAGGCUGUAAUAUUGCUGAAGGUGAACAGAAUUCUGCAGGCUUAUCUGGAACUAUAGCAGAACUUUUAGCUGGUCACUAUGAAUUCUUCCCUCCAUGGUUGCUUCUCCUCUGUUCUGCCCGCAAGCAGAGUAAAGCUGUUACAAAAAUGUUUACAGGUUUUCGAAAAAUAAGUCUGGAUGAUCUCCGAAAGGCAUAUAUUGUGAAAGAUGUGCAACAAUAUAUUCUCCAUCGUCUAGAUCAAGAAGAAGCACUGAGACAGCAUCUUACUAAAGAAACUGCAGAAAUGUUGAACCAGCUUCACAUCAAAAGUAGUGGUUGCUUUUUGUAUCUAGAACGUGUUCUAGAUGGAGUUGUAGAAAAUUUUAUUAUGCUAAGAGAGAUCCGUGACAUUCCUGGAACAUUAAAUGGCCUAUAUCUCUGGCUCUGUCAAAGACUUUUUGUGAGAAAACAAUUUGCAAAGGUCCAGCCCAUUCUGAACGUGAUUCUUGCAGCUUGUAGGCCACUGACCACAACAGAAUUGUAUCAUGCAGUGUGGACCAAAAACAUGACAUUGACUAUGGAAGACUUUCAACGCAAAUUAGAUGUUCUAUCAAAAGUUCUUGUUGAUGGGCUAGGAAAUACAAAAAUUUUGUUUCACUACAGUUUUGCAGAAUGGCUGUUGGAUGUAAAGCACUGUACACAGAAAUACUUAUGUAAUGCUGCAGAAGGACAUAGAAUGCUAGCAAUGAGUUAUACUUGUCGAGCCAAGGAUUUGACACCGUUAGAAGCUCAAGAAUUUGCAUUGCAUCUAAUUAACUCAAAUUUGCAGUUAGAGACUUCUGAGUUGGCUUUGUGGAUGAUAUGGAAUGGCACACCUGUCAAAGACUCUUUAUCCACUUUAAUCCCUAAAGAACAGGAAGUACUGCAGCUACUAGUAAAAGCUGGUGCUCAUGUCAACAGUGAAGAUGACCGAACAUCUUGCAUUGUACGGCAGGCUCUGGAAAGAGAAGAUUCCAUUAGGACUCUGUUAGAUAAUGGAGCAUCAGUUAACCAGUGUGAUUCAAAUGGGAGAACACUCUUAGCAAAUGCUGCGUAUAGUGGCAAUCUUGAUGUAGUUAAUUUACUUGUUUCUAGGGGAGCAGAUUUAGAGAUAGAAGAUACUCAUGGGCAAACAGCACUUACUUUAGCUGCUCGACAAGGACAUACCAAGGUUGUUAAUUGUUUGAUUGGAUGUGGGGCUAAUGUGAAUCACACUGAUCAUGAUGGUUGGACAGCAUUACGGUCUGCAGCUUGGGGGGGUCACACUGAAGUGGUUUCUGCACUUCUUUAUGCUGGAGUAAAAGUGGACUGUGCAGAUGCUGACAGUCGAACAGCCUUAAGAGCAGCAGCCUGGGGAGGACAUGAAGAUAUAGUUCUGAAUUUGCUACAGCAUGGUGCUGAAGUCAACAAAGCUGAUAAUGAAGGUCGAACAGCUUUGAUUGCAGCAGCAUAUAUGGGCCACAAAGAGAUUGUGGAGCACCUGCUGGACCAUGGUGCAGAAGUAAAUCAUGAGGACGUGGAUGGAAGGACUGCUCUGUCUGUUGCUGCACUUUGUGUACCUGCUAGUAAGGGACAUGCUUCAGUAGUUAGCCUUUUAAUUGACCGUGGUGCUGAAGUUGAUCAUUGUGACAAAGAUGGUAUGACUCCAUUGCUGGUAGCUGCGUAUGAAGGACAUGUAGAUGUUGUUGACUUACUUUUAGAAGGAGGAGCUGAUGUAGAUCAUACUGACAACAAUGGUCGUACACCCCUUCUUGCAGCAGCCUCCAUGGGCCAUGCUUCAGUUGUAAAUACUCUUUUAUUUUGGGGUGCAGCUGUAGAUAGCAUUGAUAGUGAAGGGCGAACAGUCCUUAGUAUAGCCUCUGCACAAGGUAAUGUUGAAGUAGUGCGUACUCUGCUGGACAGAGGGCUAGAUGAAAAUCAUAGAGAUGAUGCUGGAUGGACACCUUUGCACAUGGCAGCUUUUGAAGGCCACAGGCUGAUAUGUGAAGCACUUAUAGAACAAGGUGCUAGAACAAAUGAAAUUGAUAAUGAUGGGCGUAUACCUUUCAUACUGGCUGCACAAGAAGGUCACUAUGAUUGUGUACAGAUAUUACUGGAAAAUAAAUCUAACCUUGAUCAGAGAGGCUAUGAUGGGAGAAAUGCUCUCCGUGUUGCUGCCCUAGAAGGUCACAGAGAUAUAGUUGAACUGCUUCUUAGCCACGGAGCAGAUGUGAACUACAAAGAUGCUGAUGGUCGGCCAACGCUCUAUAUCUUGGCUUUAGAAAAUCAGCUUACCAUGGCUGAGUAUUUUUUAGAAAAUGGUGCGAAUGUAGAAGCAAGUGAUGCUGAGGGAAGGACCGCACUUCAUGUUUCCUGCUGGCAGGGCCAUUUGGAGAUGGUGCAGUUACUAAUAACAUACCAUGCAGAUGUAAAUGCUGCAGAUAAUGAGAAAAGGUCUGCUUUGCAGUCUGCUGCAUGGCAAGGUCAUGUGAAGGUAGUUCAGCUUUUGAUCGAGCAUGGAGCCUUAGUUGACCAUACAUGUAAUCAAGGUGCUACUGCACUCUGCAUUGCAGCCCAAGAAGGACACAUUGAUGUUGUGCAAAUUUUACUGGAACAUGGUGCUGAUCCAAAUCAUGCAGACCAGUUUGGACGCACUGCUAUGCGUGUUGCAGCCAAAAAUGGACAUUCUCAAAUUAUUAAAUUACUGGAAAAAUAUGGUGCAUCUAGUCUAAAUGGCUGCACUCCAUCUCCAGUCCACACAAUGGAACAAAAGCCCUUGCAGUCAGUCUCAUCAAAAAUGCAGUCAUUAACAAUAAAAUCAAAUAGUUCAGGGAGCACUGGUGGAGGUGAUAUGCAGCCUGCUAUGCGUGGUUUGUCUAAUGGGCCUGCUCAUGCUUUCAGUUCUCCUUCAGAAUCGCCAGAUUCUACAGUUGACCGUCAGAAAUCAUCCUUAUCAAAUAAUUCCCUGAAAAGUUCCAAAAACUCAUCUCUACGUACCACCUCAUCUACAGCAACCGCACAAACAGUUCCCAUUGAUAGCUUCCAUAGUAUGUCAUUUACGGAACAAAUACAGCAACAUUCACUGCCACGUAGCAGAAGCAGGCAGUCGAUUGUUUCUCCUUCAUCCACUACUCAUUCAUUAAGUCAGAACCAUAAUUCACCAAGUAGUGAAUUUGAAUGGAGCCAAGUAAAACCUAGUUUGAAAUCAACUAAAGCAAACAAAGGAGGGAAGACAGAAAACUCCAGCAAAUCUGGCUCUGCUGGGAAAAAGAUUAAGCAGAGCAGCUCCUCUCAACCAAAAGUUUUAGAAUAUGAAAUGACUCAGUUUGAUAAACGAGGACCUAUUGCCAAAUCUGGGACCAGUGCACCACUUAAAGCAAUGCCAGCAGAGCCUCAGUGCAAAAUUUUAGUUCCUCCAGCUCAGCAGGAAGUUGGUCGAUCUCAGCAACAAUUCUUAAUUCACCAACAGAGUGGGGAACAGAAGAAGAGAAAUGGAAUAAUGACAAACCCAAAUUAUCAUCUUCAGAGCAAUCAGGUUUUUCUUGGGAGAGUUUCUGUCCCACGAACAGUACAGGACAGAGGACAUCAGGAAGUUCUGGAAGGCUAUCCUCCUGCAGAGACAGAAUUAAGCCUUAAGCAAGCCUUAAAACUUCAGAUUGAGAGCAAUGACCCAAGCUUCAAUUACAAAAAGGAAACACCAUUGUAAAAGGCGAAUUCAAGAUGCUAUGAAUAGAAGUGCUUCUGCUGGGAAUGAUUAAUCAGCUGGCUGGGAUGAAAGCAUAUGAUGCUUGUUAGUCCAACUAUAAAACUAAGAAUGUGAUUAUUGCAGUACAGUUACCUUAAUUACUGUAAUGUGCCUAAAUUUUAAGGCUGCCUUCUCGAUGUGUAACCCUCUGUGCUUCAGAAAUUUAUUUUGUGUACUUUGUACUUACCACACAGAAUAAGCACUUUUUUUUGUUAAUUGCAGAAAGAUACAUGCUCUGUUUCCCCUGACAACAGCUGAAAGUUGUAAAAGCAAGGAAUUUUUGAUUUCCUAUUCCAGAAUGCUUGAUAAAUGUGCAUGUGCCACAGUGGACUGUGUAUAGAAAGGCAGUGCUUUUUGUAUUUAUUUUCCUGUGGCAAAAGAAACUAAGCAUACAGUUUAAAUCACAUUUGCAUUGCUGUAAUGUAUGGUCAGUUUCCUGUGUAUUUCAAAAGUUCUCUCAAGAAAAAAUAAGUCUUGUUACAGUAUUUGAUAAACUCCAGUACUUGUGUGUUCUAUCUGUAAAACAACUCUGUUUAGCGGUAAAAAGGAACAAGUUUAUAAUCACAUACCAAACCUCUGGGAUUUUUUUAUUAUAAAAUCUAAUCUAUAGAACACCAAAUCUGGGUGUUAUAGACUGGCUACCACUGAAGAUGAUAGGAACCACGUUUGUAUAUUCGGGGCCAAAAUGUAGCCAUACUGAAUAGCCCAAAUUACUGUAUGAUAAACAUUUAAGUUAAGUUGCUUUAUGCGUUUUUGUAUUACAAGAUAUAAUAUAAGGCCUGAUUCUGUGUUUGGUUACACCUUCAUAAAUCAGGUAUAACUCUAAAUAAAAACACAUAAUUUUUUACUUGUGUGACACUUGCAUGAGGAAGCAAAAUUAGACCUGCUUAGCUUGACAAGUGACAGUAUGAAUCCCCUUUCAUUCCAGAAGGAGGAACAUACAAAGCUCACUAAUGGUUUAACUGCAUCACUCACGGGUCAUACAACAGUUGUUUGUUCCUGAAAAUGCAAGUUAUGUUAUACUGUUCACUUUUAUAUGUCUUUGCCCUUUAGAAAAUGAAAAUCAUUUUCUACACGAGUAUUUCCUUUAAAGGCCUGAGAUUAAUUUUUUCUCUUGCUACAAUUCAGGUCAUUCCCAGAAUAGUAUGAUACAAAGUUGUCAUGAUGAGUUUUCAUAACUGUUGAAUUGGAUUAUGUCAUCUAUUCAUAAAUUUAGAUAAAUUGACAUUUAAUGCUAUACUUACACAUUCUGGGGGGCUAACAUCCAAAUAUUUUAUUGUCAAAAUUAACAGUCAAUAGAAUAUACAUAAAUUUUGAUUUUUUUUUAAGCAAUGCACCUCAUUCUUUACUUACGUUAUUAAAUGUAAAAAGAAAACCUUUUAUAGUCAGGCAUUCAGUGUGUAGUAAAAUGUAAUGUUAAAAGUUGACACACAGCAAUAUUUAAUAAUUCUGAGGUGAAUGUUUCAAGUAUUGAACUUCUGUCCCUGUGGGACAUUUAUAAAAUAAACAUGAUGGAACUCUUGCAAAAUAGCCUUAAGAAUGUUAAUGGCUUAAUAAGGAGAGAGGGCCAAAAUGUUUCAUCAAACUUGUUCUGAACCUCAAGUACAGUGCAUUUGCAAUACUGUGCAAGAAUAAAGCAUUUCUUUCUUAUUAGGUGUAUGUUUUGUUUCUGUAGAAAGAGAUUCCUGAAGGCUUACUUUUUCUACUGACCUUGAUUGUCAUUGGGAUAUAUUUAUUUAAUCUUAUUGUUUUAUUACAAAAUGCACCUUGUGCCAGAAUGCACAGAUAUGGCCAGUUUCACAAGGGGCUACCAUUUCCAGACAGCUUUACAUUUUUGUAUGGAUAAUAUUUACAGUUGAAACAGUUGGUGGGGAAACUCAACAUAUUAAUUAACAAGUCAACUGAAAGACCUGUUGAAAAGUUACUUUCAGAAUAAUAAUAAUAAUAAUAAAAAACACAGUUCCUGCAGAUUAAGUAUUGUUUUGGAGUAGAGUAUGAACAGCUCUAUUAAAACAUCCAGUUUGACAAGGGUGUGAAAUAUUCCAUAUUGUUUUUUGUGUAUGAUUUUAUUAUCAUAGUUUUUCUCCCAUGCAAAAAACCCAAAAUGAAUAUCCCCCAAAUGUUAGCAAUUCCAUUUGGAAUUUUUAAAUAUUGGGUAACUUUCUGCUCUUUUACAUUCAUACAGUCAUCUAGAAAUCAGUAGGGUUGGGUGGUUGUAACUCAGCAGAGUUUUGCUGGUCAGAGUCUUUGUCUCAUCCAGCUCUGACUACAAUAUAAAUCACUGUGCCAUUAGUCCUCUUUCCCUUGGUCCAUUUCAUUGAUUCCCUUUAAACCAUCCAAAUGAGAUUGCAGAGUCAUGAUGGACAAGUUAGGAAAAGGACUGCCUUGUGAAUAUUAACAUCAGUACUGUAUGCAUGUGGAGAAAGUCUUCAAAAGAAAAACAUAUUGAAAGAUAAUGAGGCAAAUGAUGUCUUUUGUCCUCUUUGUGAUCAGUAUUAAAAGUAUUACCAUUUAUUUAAAAAUAAAAUAAUGUUUUCUUUCAUCAGUUACUCUGCUAUGCAAAUGUCUUAUGCUUACUAUCCUCCAUCCAAACUCUUCAAUUAACUUGGUUUGAAGAUAGACUGUUUUUCCUGGUUUGGGUUGUAAAUAGCCUACAAUGUACAUUGAAUGAAUUUCACAUUGUAAAAUUUUUAUUUUAUUCCUUGUAUUAUAUUAAGCAAAAAUCCCUAUGUAUAUGAAAAGUGCAUAAUAAAUAUAUUUGCUUUUCAGCAGA